ACUUCCUCACUCCACCUGAAACCAAAGCAGAGGAAAACAGACAAAUCAACUACGCCCAGAAGUCGGAUUUUCCUUGUUUCUUCCCUAUGUUCUCUGUCUCAGUAAAUGUUUAACCUCACCAUGUGUGAAAGCUCUGGCGUGCUGCUGAUGUCUCGCUCUGUGAGCAAAGUCUAAAGAGAGGAAAAAAAAUGCCAUUAUCGACUGUCACUGUGCUAGAGAGGUAUCUUUCACUUUUCUUUCUUAUCGUUAGGCUUCUCUCGUUUUUCUUGUAAACUGCUUUUGGACUUUAAAACAAGUCGAAAUCGUCGGACUUUGGGGAAGUAACCUUAACACUGUGGCUACCAUGACAACAGAGGCGAGUGCGGUGAGCGAGGCGGACACUGAGGGCAAGCAGAAGGCCAGCGGUGCCGAACCCGAGCCCGAGCCCGAAUCCGAGAACAAACAGAAGCCUGAGGCGGCUGCGUCUGAGCCUGAGGGGGAGCAGUCGAGCAGCCAGAAGGCCCAGGAACAGGCCUCCGAGCCUGGGGCCGCUGACGUCGCUACCUCACCUGAGGAGGAGCAGGUGAAGCCUCGUACCCGGACCUCCGCUGGCAAAGGCCUUUCUCGCCUCUUCUCAUCUUUCCUCAAACGGCGUUCACAAUGCUCAGAGGGUGAGGGGUUUGAGGAAGAGAAGGCCAAGGAGGAAAAAGCGGAUAAGGAGGAAAAAACUGACACGGCGGUAGAAGAGAAGGUGGAAGAGGUGGAAAGUGAGGACAAGGAGGCUAAAGCAGAAGUUGAGAAAUCUGAGGUCAAAGAAGAGAAAAAGAUAGAAGAGGAACAAAAAGAACAAAAAGAGGAAAAGAAGAAGGAGCCGGCAAAGGUUGAGAAGAAGGGCAGUAAAAGGAAAAAGAAAGAGGCCAAGAAGAAAGCGGAGGAGAAGGAAGUGGAGAAAGUGAAAAAGGAUGAGGUGAAAAAUGAAGAGGAACCUGUGAAAAAGAAAGAAGAACCAACAGAGGAGGAGAAAGAAUUGCAUUCUGCUGAAACAAAGGAGGAACAACCAGAGACUAAAGAUGAGGAAAAUAAGCCGACUGCUGAAGUAAAAGACAAGGAGGCAGAGGUGGAACAUAAAGAGGUGGAACAGAAAGAGGUGGAACAGAAAGAGGAGGAAAAGGUUGACAACAAGGUGACAAAGAAAAAAGAGAAAGAAGAAAAGGUAAAGAAGAAGGAAGAGGAAAAAGCCAAGAGGAAAGCAGAAGAGGAAGAAAGAGCGAAGAAGAGAGAGGAAGAGAAGGCCAAGAAGAGAGAGGAAGAAAAAUCCAGAGAGGCCGAAAAAGCCAAUAAGAAAGAGGAGGAAAAGGCCAGAGAGGCCGAAAAAGCCAAGAAGAGAGAGGAGGAAAAGGCCAAAAAGAAAGAGGAGGAGAAAGCAAAGGAGGAGAAAGCAAAGAAGAAAGAAGAGGAGAAAGCAAAGGAGUUGGAAAAAAAAGAAGGGGCAAAGAAGAAAGAGGAGGAAAAAGAGAAGGAGGAGAAGCCAAAGAAGGAAGAGGAAAAAGGGAAGAAAAAAGAGAAGGGAAAGAACAAAGGGAAGAAGGAGGCGAAAGGAGCCAGCGAGGAGCAGGUGAAGGCGCCGAUCGCUGCUCCAGAGCCGGAGCUCAAAACUGAGCCGGACAUCGAACAGGCUGCUGAUCAGCACUCGAUAAGCAGCGCAGAGUGUCUUGUGUUGACUCAUCAGCCAGCUCAGGAGGAACACAAGGAAACAGCGGCAACAAAGAAGGAGCCCGAAGCGGUGGAAGAAGGGAAGGAGGAAGACGUGGAAAAGAAGGAGGAACCAGCGGAACAGGAGGAAGAAGUUAAAAAAGAAGAGGAAACAGCAACAGAGGUGACAAAGAAGGAGAAGCCUGCAAAAGAAAAGAAAACUGAAAAGACGACUGAAGAGGCGAAAGGCCCCAAACGCCAGAAAACCAUGCAAUGCAAAGUCACCUUACUGGACGACACUCAGUUUGAGUGUGAGCUUGAUAAACAUGCUAAAGGCCAGGAGCUAAUAACAAAGGUCUACGACCAUGUCAACCUGCUGGAGAAAGAUUACUUUGGCCUGGGUAACUGGGAAACCCCAACCAACAAGACGUGGUUGGAACCUUCAAAAGAGAUCAGGAAGCAGGUUUCAGGUGCCGUCUAUGAGUUUACAUUCAAUGUGAAGUUCUACCCUCCUGAUCCAGCACAGCUUACUGAGGACCUCACCAGGUACUUUCUAUGUCUCCAGCUGAGGAAGGACAUCAUGCGCGGAAUUCUUCCCUGCUCCUUUGUCACACUAUCCUUGCUGGGUUCCUAUGCGGCCCAGUCAGACCUCGGGGAGUAUGACCCAGAGCUCCAUGGAGUAGAUUACGUUAAAGAUCUGAGUCUGGCCCCCGGACAGAGCAAAGAGCUGGAGGAGAAAGUGAUGGAGCUGCACCGCACAUACAGGUCAAUGAGCCCUGCCCAGGCAGACACGUUGUUUCUUGAAAAUGCCAAGAAACUCGCCAUGUAUGGAGUCGACCUGCACCAAGCCAAGGAUCUGGAUGGUGUCGACAUUACACUGGGGGUCUGCUCCGGUGGUCUGAUGGUUUACAAGGACAAGCUGAGGAUCAACCGUUUCCCUUGGCCCAAAGUGCUGAAGAUCUCUUAUAAACGCAGCAGCUUCUUUAUCAAGAUCCGUCCGUCAGAGCAGGAGCAGUACGAAAGCACAAUUGGUUUUAAGCUGCCCAACUACAAAGCCUCAAAGAAGCUGUGGAAAGUCUGUGUUGAAAACCACACCUUCUUCAGGGUUUCAACAGUGGAGCCUCCCUCAUCGCGUCGCUUCCUCGUCUUGGGCUCAAAGUUCCGGUACAGCGGGCGCACACAGGCCCAGACCCGCCAGGCGAGCUCCAUGAUCGACCGCCCAGCCCCUCGCUUUACACGCUCGGCGAGCAAGAGGCUGUCGCGUAACCUAGAUGGAGCUGGAGAUGAGACUCCCCAGUUACUCUCAGUGUCAACAAGGUCUGAGACUGAUGAUUGGUGGUCGAUGCUGGGGUCUGACAGACCUCAGCCUCCUCCUGAUUUCCCAGCCAGAGCCGAGUCUAAUCAAACCUUCAUUCAGUCCUGGGAGGAGGAGCGGUGUUCUGUUCAGACAGUCACAGUGACCCGGCAGGACACUGGUCAGACUGGUUCUCGAACCAUCAGCCAAACAGUGGAAGACGAGUGGUCUACCCAGCUGGAUCGCCAUCCUCCAUUUCCCUUUGUCCAACCUUUUGAUUUUGUGAAACAGCAAGCUGAGCUCAGCUUGACACCCAUGAGCUAUGAGGACAGGCUCUUGCGUCCUGCACUGAGAGAACAAGAUGAUUGGUUCCUCUAUUUUGACCGAAUCUUCAGCCUGUCUUCACUUGUUGAAAAACCAUUCUCUCCCCACGCACAGUUGCAGAUCCAGGAUAAGGACGAGCAGGAGCUGACCAGUGAGGAGGUUAUUGAGAGGCUUCAGGAAAUGGGGACCUUGGUGGAUAAGCUGAUAGAGGCAAAUGUUUUGGAAAGGAAGCUAAGGGAAGUGAGGGAUUUAGAGGAAAGGCUCGAAGAAGUGGAUGAGAUUGCAGAGAAACUUCAAGAAGUGAUAGAGCAAAAAUUAGGGAAGGAGGAGCUAGCGAAGUUAAUAAAAGAAAAAGAGGAGGAAGAGGGUGAUUUAGAAACAGAAGUACAAGUGGAAGUUAUAACUUCCCCUUGUAUGGAGGCAAAAGAGGGGGAAGUGGAUGAACUGGAAGAGCAAAUCAAGCAGGUGUUUUUAAAAGGUUUGUUGCCUGAAGAGUCUGAGGUGAAGCUAGAGGCUGAAAAAGAAGUGAUGGAUGUGAGUCUGUUAGACGACAGCUUGAGAGAGACGCUACGUCACAUAGAAAAGGAAUGGCAGGAUGAAGUGGAGGAGAAGUUUGCCCCUGUAGAUGUUGUCAGCACCACAUCCGUAGUGGCACAACAGAAGGUGCUGCGCAGGACUAAGAAGAAAGUGACUAUUGUAGAUGAGAGAGACAAAAAAAAGAAGGAUGGAGUAGGCGUUCAGGUUCAGACUUUCACAAUAUCAGAGGACCGGUUAGAAAAACAACAGAUAUGGCUUAAUACAGAUGUGUUGGAGGAGAGGAUGGAGAGUGAGGUUACAGAGAGGCCUCAGACUGAGGUUGAAGAUAAAGACGUCUGGUUCAUGUUCUUUGACCGUCCUGCAGAUAAACCUCUUUACAGACCACCAGUUGUGGCUGUUGAACACGCCCUAGUGGAAAAAGGCGAGUGUUUCAUCUCAAAACCUGAGACUACAGCAGUUUUGGAGAAAACAGAGAUAAUAAUAGAAGAUAGAAUAAUACGAGAAGAGCAGGCAUGGAGUGCACCAGAGAUCCCACCACCACAGACAAUCACAGACAGAGAGGAUGACUGGUUUGUGUUGCUGGAGGUGAUUCCCAGAGAAACUCCUUACGUACCUCCAGUAUCAGUCGUCGUCAAGGAGCGAGACCAGAUGGAAGCUGAAAGUAUCUUCUUUGUGGGUGGAGCUGCAGCUGAUGAGAUAAGAGAAGUAGUUGUUGAAGAGAGAAAGAUAAUAGAAGAGGCACCGCGACGUCUACAAGAAAUCGCACAAUGGCCAGUAACGGACCGAGAUGAAGACUGGUUUGUGUUGCUGGAUGUUGUUCCCAGAGAAACUUCUUUUGUACCUCCAGUCAUCUUUAAGGAGCGAGACCCGAUGGAGGCUGAGCGUAUUGUCUCAGUCGUUCGAACUGCAGCAGAUGAGGAGAUUAAAGUUCUGGUUGUUGAAGAGAGAAAGAUAAUAGAAGAGGCACCGACACCACAGGAAAUCGCCCAGCAGCCAGUGCCCGAAAGAGAUGAUGACUGGUUUGUGUUGCUGGAUGGUGUUCCUAGAGAAACUCCUUAUGUACCACCAGUCAUCUUGAUGGAGCGAGACCUGAUGGAGGCAGAGAGUUGUGUCUCUGUGGUUGGAUCUGCAGCAGAAGAGGAGAUUAAAGUUCUGGUUGUUGAAGAGAGAAAGAUGAUAGAAGAGGCACCGACACUACAAGAAAUCGCACAGCGGCCAGUGACCAACAGAGAGGAUGACUGGUUUGUGCUGCUGGAUGUUGUUCGUAGAGAGACGUUAUAUGUUCCACCAGUUACUGUUCUGCAGCGUGUUGAAGUUUCACCAGAAGAGCGUGCCUCUCUUGUUGAAAUCACAACCACUGAGCAAAUGGAGACUCGAGUGGAGGUUGUAGUAGAGGACGCACAAAUAAAACAAGAGCCGUGUGAAACGGGAAUAGUUGCACGGCCACAGGCUGUGAAAGCGAUAGAAGAUGACUGGUUUAUCCUGCUGAAUGUUCCCAUUAGAGAAGCAGCAUUUGUGCCACAAGUUACCAUGCUCCAGGUUUAUCCUGAGGAAAGCAUUUCUGCUGUGGCUGAAAUGAUGGCAGAUGAGACCAAGAAGGAAGUUGUGAUUGAAGAUGUUGUGAUGCAAAUGGAGGAAAGGAAGCUACCCAUGCAAUUAAUUUCAGAGCUGAAAAUAUCUCAUCCUGUGAGAGCGAGAGAUGACGACUGGUUUCUGUUGCUGGAUGUUGUUCCCAGAGAAACUACAUAUGUGCCACCAGUUUCUCUGGCAGUGCCGAGCCAAAUUUAUCCGAGUGUUGAACCUCAGGUUGAAGUGAAAAGCAUAGAGAAGAAGGAGCGUCAGGUUGAACUUCACCAGGUUAGACCACAGCCGUCCCGGCCACAGCCAGAGAGCGACCCCUGGUUUGUGCUGUUCGAUGCUAUUCAUGAAGAAACAGUCGUGAUACCAGCAGUUUCCCCUGUUGAGAUUAUUCUGGAUGUGAGGGAAACGUUUGAGGGCGAGGUCACAACCACAGAGACUAGAACAUUGAAGAAGAUGAUAAUUGGUGUGGACAGCAGACAAGAUGAGACACGUUUGUCUGAAAUUAGACCAAUCCAAGUGGCAUCGCCGUCAGGGAGGGAGGGAGGAGAUGAUUGGUUGGUCCUGUUCGACAUCGUCAAAGAAAAACCUGUUUUCGUACCACCAGUUGCUGUGGUUGAGCAUGCUGUCGAUCUUGAUGCUGGGAGAAAGGUGGAGGAUGUUUUGUUUAUUCCUCUGGAUGUGACCCCUAAGAAAUCAGUUGCUGUGGUUGAGCAUGUUGUCACUGUUGUGGGAACCACUGAAAGAAAGGUGGUCGACGAUUGGUUUAUUCUUCUGGAUUUGACCCCUAAGAAAUCAGUUGCUGUCGCUGAACGCAUCCAGCUCCCAGCAGAGGUCAGAGUUCCAUCUGCUGUAGCCAAAAAGAGGGUCACUAUUUCCGAGGGGAGACCUCGGUUCGAGGACCGGAUCCUGGAGGAAAGACUUCCGCUCAUAAAGACACAUGUCAAUGAGGAUUGGUUUGUUCUUCUUGAUGUUGACCGCAAAAAGUCAGUGGUGAUCACGCAGAGGGGUACCCGUCCUGUCAGCGCUCCGGUCUUCUCUCAGGCUGCUCUGGCUGAGGCAGGGAUCCCCAUGGCCCCCUUUGAUCAGCCCCAGACCUCCACUCCUAUUAAAACCAGCCGCCAGGACGAGAGAAAGCUGGAGGUCACAGUAGAAGCCGUGGAGCCCUCAAAGAUUGAGGAGGUGACUGAGGUCAAGCCAGCAGCGUGGAGGGACCAGGGAGAAGUAAACGCUUCACUGAUAUCCACCAUCAAUGGGGACAUUCAGCACGAGUCAGAGGUCACAAGCACGGAGGUGGUGCGAAUGCGAAAGAAAAGAGCAAAGAAAAUUGAACGUGACUCAAUUUAUAUCAGACAUAGCCUUUUAAUGUUGGAGGAGUUCGAUAAGCCUCAGGAGGAGCUGAUCAGGCAUCACGCAAGCAUCAGUAAGCUAAAGAAGAACUUCAUGGAAGCCGUCCCGGACCAGAGGCCCAGUGAGUGGGACAAGCGUCUGUCUACACACUCUCCGUUCCGCACCCUGGGUAUCAAUGGUCAACCUCUGCCCGGUGCAGAUGGGAGUUUGUUCAUUAGUUCCCUUUGCAAUGGUUCAGAGAAAGAGGAAACCAGCAGCAGUUUGGGCUCAUCAGGCGCUUGCAGGCCCGCUGUGUGCCUCAAGAGGGAGCCUGAUAGUGUUGAAGCCCCUGGUUCGCCUGUAGAGGAAGACUCAUGUGAUCAAGAUGGGGUUGUAGUUUUUGAGACUUCAUUGGUGCCCAUCCUAGAGGAGGAGACGGCCCAGUUGCCUGCCUCCCUCGAGCCUGGCUGUAAAGCUUUAGAUGAGACCCAGGAGGAAGAAGGAUCAUGUCCUGCAGUGUCGCAGCGUGCUCGGAGGAUAGUCGGAUCUGCCCCGGCCUCCUAUUUCAGGAGCCAUGGUCCACAGGUCAUACGUUGCUUCCAGCCCCCUCUGGUGCAGACCCAGACAGUCACCAUCACAGCUGCCUCCGUCUCCUUACCCACCGGCAUCUCCACCACAGAGGUCCCUAUCGUCCCGACCAAGACCUUCACCUAUGAGUCUUCAAAGGUGACAGUUGAUGGGACAGACGAGGACAAAGACAGCACAACGGUGUCCAGCUCCCAGACCUCAGAGACCCCUAGUGGCACCACAGUCACCACCACUACCACUCACAUCUCAAAGGUAGUGAAAGGUGGAUCCUCAGAGACUCGUGUGGAGAAGAGGAUCGUCAUAACUGGAGACUCUGACAUUGAGCAAAAUAAGAAGAAACAUGGCGGAGCAUCAGCAUUGUAACUGAAUCACCACUUUCAUUUAUUUCUUGGACCCUCCACGUCGGGCCACCCCGUGAUCGGCGUGCAGCGAUCGGCACGCACUGACCAGCUCUCUCUACGCACAAAAAAUACCCCAAAAGAAAUAUCUCACACAUCUGCAACUCAAUCUAAUAACUUGAGUAGACGAAAUGUUUGUCGAAUCUUUUUUUGUUUUUCAGUCGGAAUGUUCAUUGUAGGUAGACAGCGGCAGCACAGGUGUUCAGUUCUUGUUAAAUGCUUAUCCUGAUGUUCGAAAAAUACGCUUAGCAAAUACACUUCUAUUGGUUGAAAGACAGCAUUUUCAGUUACGUUAUCUCAGUUAUGUUUGCUUUUAAAUGCUUUUAAUUUCCUAGUUGUUUUUAAAUUGUUCAUUUUAUACAAAAGCACUGUCGCCAUGCUAGUUUAGACACAGUUUUCAGCAUUUAUCCCCUUGGUGCUGCGAGAGAACGUUAAGACUACAUUCAAGGUAACUCUUGUUGUUUGCGGGUCUAUUUAAUUCAGGAGAGACCUUUUUCUUUCUUUUUUAUGAAAUCACAUACCUCACAUUAAUAUGUGAACAAAGAUAUUCUGUACUUUGGACAGUUUGUUCGCUUUGUUCACUGCUCAGGUACAAAAACGAAAACCUAAAAUCUUUUUAUUUUCCAAACCAGCGAAGGAAACGGUAGCCUACAUGUCAUUGUAAAGUUUGAAUUACAAAUUGAUCUAUUUUGAAAUAUUUCUCUAUUUUAUAGAAGUGAUGCUUUUAUAGUAUUUGUACAAAUUGAGGUUUUUAAGUUAUUCAUAUCCAUCUUCUCAUGAAAUUGUAGGUUGCCAAUGUGCUGUUUACCGAAUCUUAAGUCUUGCCUGACGCCCUGAAUCAUUCUUAUUCGUUUCCUCUUGUAGUCCACCAAGUUUCUCAAACCUUUUCACAAUUUACGUGUGACAAUGGAGUGCUUCCCACAGCCAUGUUUUAUUCAGUAGCAUAGAAAUCAUAACUGCUUUCAAUAUAUUUGGUUGAUUUAAAAACAGGAGUCUGUUUAUCUCAGGUUUUGAUAUUCUUUGUAAGACUACAGACCUCCAUGACUGUAUGUGGAAUGUCCAUAUAUGUAUAACCUUCCCUGUUACCCUACCUACAUGUACAUUUAUGUUCAGCUGAGUGAGGUCAAUUAAUAUAAAAGCUUGUCUUUCACGGUAAACACAUGUAUAAGAGGUGAAGGCAGCUGCCCCUGUAUAUGUGGCUUUUCUCUCAUAGGAGCACAAGUUGUCUUUUUUACAUGUUCUACUAUACAGUAAUUUAUUUGUAAAGUAGGAAAUGUUUCAUGUGAGUUGAUGUACUGUGAUGUUUCAACACAAGCUGGUUUCCACUGAAGAUGUCACAAUGUUAAAUAUUCCAUUCAUUAUCAACCAAGUUUGUAAAAGCCUUUUUACCAUAUACUCUUAGUAGAUUUGCUCUCUCACUUGCUGUUAUCCUGGAUCUUUCCAUAGAGGUGGAAAUACGUUAAAAAUAUACAGAUCCCUUUUUAGAUAGAAUGUUUGUUAGCAAACUUUUUUUUUAAACCAAAAAAGGAGUUAUUGUAGUGACAAGAACAACAGCAAACUCCCCUGGAAGAAAUUGUAGAAUUCCACUUGAAGAUAAUUAGUUUUUAGACGAUGGAAAAUAUUGUUGCUUUGUGACUUAUCAGUCUUUUUAUGAAAAAAAAUAAAAUAUGCAUUAUUUUGCA